ACUGUGCGGCAGGUUUUAUUAUUAGCAUCAGCCCUCCAUGCAAGCACAUCGGAACCAGGUGAUACUAUGAUGGGUAUUCACCGCGUGAUUGGUACAAAGCUGCUUAUCACAAAGGCCCUUCUGCACAGUCAGAAGGGCGCUGUAAUGUGUAGUGGUUACACAAGUGUAGCAGACUUACCUCGUCUUCUAGAGACGUCUGAGCGUCAAUAUACCAUUUCAUCACACAUGUAUACAACUACAUCAUUAGUGCUACAUUUCAUAGAUAAGGACACAUUGGAUAAUGGUUACAAGGUAUAUAUCGCAGGGGAUCCCUCAGGAUGCGUACGGGUGAGAAUACCUCUCGACAGACAACUUCUUGAGCCGCUCGAGGGCAAGAGUUACAUGUUGAUUGAUGUUGGCGUGGUAGUCAUUCGUGGAAUGUUACACAUAGAGGUCCUUGCAGGGAGCCGCCUUAUGCCGUGCAGUGAUGACAACGGGUUCCAUGUCCGCCGGGAUAAUGACGUAUCCACGGACUAUGUAUGUGAAAUUAUCGGGAAAGAGAAUGUUUUGAACACGGCUGUUGCGCUAUGAGUUUUGUCCAUAUGGUUGAAAUAUUUGAAAACGUCUUAACAUAUAUGGCAUCACUA